GAGUUCAAUGAUGAAGUUGGGUCUUGUAUUGCGGUGCUGCCUGGUGCUCAAACUUGGACGCGGGCUGACAAUAAUACAGUUUCACGAAGAAGCGGACAAGACAGUCUUCCAUAAGAUUACGCGAGAGUGAACUUGGAGUUUUUGAAUGCGUUCGUUUGAGUAAAGAAGUUGUGUGUUGUUUUUUUGUGGGACGUCAUGGGGAGGAAUGGGCAGUAGCGGCGUAUGUGUUUUGGAGCAGACAGUGACCGCGUGUUAACAGUAGGGAGAGCUGCAGAGACCGGUGCACUUGAGUAUGAACCGUGUCCAGCACUGAAGGAACUUGGAACUGCUGCCUGCGACACGGACAGAAUCAUAAAAACAGUGUGUGGAAGAGCCUUCCAGAGCGAGCCAUGGAGGCCUCACAGGACCUGAGCGAGCAGAUGGUAAAGAAAUCCCACAGUGACUCUCAUGUUCCAGACCCCUCCAGCUCCAGGUCUAUGGAAAUGCAGGAGCUAGCGCGUCCUCACAACUGUUUAGGAGUUGGGGAUUCGACAGGCUCCAAGCUGGACAAGGACAGUCUGGGCAGCCCCUCCAUCACCACCAAUGGCACAGGGGGUGAAAACAUGACAGUGUUAAACACGGCUGAUUGGCUGUUGGGCUGCAGCAGCCCGCCCCCCGCCUCAGGCUCCAAGGACUAUGUCAAAACAGAGCCGAUGAACAACAGUGACACAGUGACCACAUCGGGAGAUACAGUCCUGGACACGUACGCGGGCUCAGUCAUCACCAGCAGCGGCUACAGCCCUCGAUCAAGCCAUCAGUACUCUCCACCUCUGUAUCCGUCUAAGCCAUACCCUCACAUCCUCUCAACUCCCACGGCUCCUCCCAUGCCGUCCUACCCGGGCCAACCCCAGUUCAGCAACAUGCAGCAAUCCACUGUCUACACAACCUACCCUCAGACAGGGCAGCCAUAUGGACUGUCCACAUACGAUUUGGGAGUGAUGUUGCCGGGUAUAAAGACAGAGAGCGGCCUGUCCCAGAGCCAGUCGCCCCUCCAGACAGGCCUCAGCUACAGCCCUGGGUUCACCACACCACAGCCAGGACAGACUGCCUACUCCCCCUAUCAGAUGCCAGGUUCCAGUUUUACUCCAUCCUCAGGCCUCUACACAACUAACAACUCCAACCCCGCCAACUACACUGCCACACAGCAGGACUAUCCGUCAUAUACAACGUUUGGCCAAAACCAGUAUGCCCAGUAUUAUUCCACUUCCACUUAUGGGGGAUAUAUACCCUCCAACAGCGUGGAUGGGACAGGCUCAACCACAGCCUACCAACUACAGGACCCCUCCCCUGCCAUGACGGGACAAGCAGCUGAACUCCAUCCAGCGGAUUUUGACACAGUGCAGAGCCCCUCCACACCCAUCAAAGAGUUGGACGAUCGAGCAUGCCGGAGUGGGGGGUCCAAGUCGCGGGGACGGGGUCGCAAAAAUAACCCCUCCCCUCCCCCUGAUAGCGACCUGGAGAGAGUUUUUGUAUGGGACUUGGAUGAGACGAUAAUUGUCUUCCAUUCGUUACUCACAGGAUCUUAUGCACAAAAAUAUGGCAAGGACCCUCCCAUGGCUGUGACUCUGGGCCUCAGGAUGGAGGAGAUGAUCUUCAACCUGGCAGACACUCACCUAUUCUUCAACGACUUAGAGGAGUGUGAUCAGGUUCAUAUUGAUGAUGUAUCAUCUGAUGACAAUGGUCAAGACUUGAGUACUUACAGUUUUGCAACUGAUGGCUUCCAUGCAGCUGCAACCAGCGCCAACCUGUGCCUGGCUACGGGCGUGCGCGGCGGUGUCGACUGGAUGAGGAAACUGGCCUUCCGUUACCGCCGCGUCAAAGAGCUGUAUAGCACAUACAAAAACAAUGUGGGGGGCCUUUUGGGUCCAGCUAAGAGAGAUGCCUGGCUGCAGCUCAGAGCAGAGGUGGAGGCUCUGACCGACUCUUGGCUCACACACGCACUCAAGUCUCUAUCCAUCAUCAGCUCCAGGAGUAAUUGUGUAAAUGUGUUGGUGACGACGACUCAGCUCAUCCCAGCUUUGGCUAAAGUUCUGUUAUAUAGUCUUGGCUCUGUGUUUCCUAUUGAAAAUAUUUACAGUGCAACAAAAAUAGGAAAAGAGAGUUGCUUUGAGCGCAUAAUGCAAAGGUUUGGCAGGAAAGUAGUGUAUGUUGUAAUUGGGGACGGUGUGGAAGAGGAGCAGGCGGCCAAAAAGCACAACAUGCCUUUCUGGAGGAUAUCCAGUCACUCUGACCUGCUGGCAUUACACCAAGCACUGGAGUUUGAGUACCUGUAACUAAUACUGCAAUAUGGACUUAAAAUACUAUGGACAUGGUCAGCCAGGCAGCCCCUUCUUUUGUAUAACUAUUUAAGAACAAAUACACUGCAAAUGUUUUUGUGAUUUUUUUUUUUUUUUUUGAACGUCUGGAUUUACAAACUGAAUGGUCUUAAGAUGUAUAUGGGAAAAGAAGAAACAGGAGCAGCUUGCAGUAGUGAGGCAACUACAGCAAGCCAGGAUGGACAAAACACAAAAUGUUGCUUUGUGAGCCUUUUCCAAGAUGUGGACAAUCGGUAUAGUGUAUGGACGUGCACAGAAACUGCAGCUGCGUUUACUUUGAAGUGUUUCUCUGGUCAUAUGAUAAUCACAUGAAUGCAAUAUGGGGAAACUUGUGUAAAUUAUUUACAAUAAACUUAAGGGCAGCAUUUUGGUGUUUUUCAUUUAAGAGUCUAACUUUGGGGUCUUUAAUUUUAUGAUUUUUGUAAGUUUUUUUUUUUUUUUUUUUUUUUUUUUUGAAAGUUGAGAAUGUGAGUCAUGAUGUGUUGUGCCUUAAUUAUUUGGAUGUCUUCUUUCAGAAAUGUAUGUAUGUAGGGUAUAAAGGAUUAACUGUUAAAAAUGUCUAUUUUUUUUCUUUGACCAUGGCUUGAGACUUGGGCUUGUUCGGGAAUGAGUCAAAUUGGCCUCUAAGUUUCCUAAGCCAAAACUGGAUGUGUGUCACCGUCUGCUGAGUUAGAAAGAGUUAGGAAAAGGAGCUUGUAUGCUUUCUUUCAUAGCUUUUUAGCAUAGGAACCUCGGAAACUUCCAAAGCAGCGAUAAGGAGCUAUGAGGCAUCCCACAUACAGUGCGGCCGAUCUCUGCACGAAGAAUUUGUAAUGCAGUAAAAGUUCCAUUGUCUCAGACAUGAUAUAAAUCAACUAUCUGUACAAACCCAACGUUAUAUAAGAAUGUUUAUACAAACGAAACUUAAUUAAAGCCUCAUGGUUAAUUUGAAUAGACGGAGCCCUGUGCGUCACUCUGGGCAGCCGCAGAUUUGGAUGGAAUAUGUGUUGGGCCAGAGGACAGACCAAAGGCGACAGCUGAUGGUGAGUCUAGAGAAUAUUCUGUUUUGGGUUUACAUAGAGAUGUUUGCUGUGGUUCAUGUUUAAACUGUUCAGUCACAAAUCUAUUUUGUAGAGUUAAUUGCAGAGCUGUUUCCUUCAACAGCAACAUUUCAUGUGCAAACACUCGGGUCAUUUAAGUACACCGUCAUGUUCUCAUUGAAAUCAGUGCAGUAGAGAAUGAGCGCUUAUUGUAGUCCGUUUUGUGGAUGUUGUAGUUUUCUUAACUGUAGUGUCACGUGACGGUUCUGUUCCUGCCGCUGGUUGGG